AUGCAGCUCACGAGUACCGCCCUCGAUUCUGAUCAUGCUUCCCGGGAAAAUUUAGAUCCUUUUGAGAUGUUGACUUGCAAGGAUCCAGGGUCCAUUCCAGUUCCGCUUUCCAACAAUAGCCAUGACUGGCAAUUGAUGCUAUCCCAAUCAUGUGUGGCACCUGCGGACUCUCUGCCUCACACCAUGGAGUCGGCUUCAAAUAAGGGCCUAUUCGUAGAUUCAUCACUUGAGGCUGUUGAUUUCGAAGGCGGAAUUGAUUUCAGCUCUGAUAUACUAAGUUCUUUGGUUCAAACCCCGUCUACCCAUAUUAAUAAUGCGUCUCGGGUCAACAAAAGCUCUGAAUUCUGCACGGACUUUGCCCUUGAUUGUGCGAAUUCUGACGAGCCGCCAUUGGAUUGGUCUGCAUUUCCCGAUUCUUUCUCUACCAGCGAUGACCACACCACUCAAUCUAUCUCGUCUCUCUACCCCAAACCUCACCCUCCAAUUUUUCAUACACCAACAGCCCCUGGCCCUACGAAAUCUUCUUGUUUGGCUGAAUCUCGACCUCCUUGUGUUAUCACUGCGACUGAAAACCUCCGCCUACUCCACAUCCGCCAAUAUAGCUGCCUAUCUCGCACAAAUCACCAAAGACAUAGCGGAAGUCAGGAUGCCUGUAGUCUUGAAGCACCACGCAUGUCGGGCUCCGUCCUCAAAGACAUCAAGAGUGUCGGUAAAUCAGUUUGUCGUAUGCUACAGUGUGGAUGCGCACUUCGCUCUCAGAAUCAGCUCAUCAUAGCAAGUAUCUGCUCUCGGCUCGUUGUCUGGUCUAGAGCAAUGAUUAGCGCAUACUUUUCUCAGCAUUCUGGCAGUAGAGACCAUUCCAAUAAGCAAACUACUCAUCCAGAGAAGGUUGUAUUUCAAUCUGUCACGAUUGGAGACCAUACCGUCGAUAGCCUUGCCUUGUCAAAGAGUAUUCAAGCUCAAGUGAUACUUGAGGAGCUAGGACACCUGCAGAGAUUGGUCAAUACACUAUCAGUCCGUAUCAGGCAAAGCUUUACCCUAUACCCAAUGGAGCUGGAUGCAGAUUCCGAUGUACGAUCUGCAGGGCUGCCAAAAACCGUACAUGAUCAACUAGUGGCGUACCUUUUGAAAGAAGUUCAAACGACUAGAAAUGAUUUGAUUACGAAUUGGCGAGAACAUGAUAAAUUAAGACAACGACCAGAAUAA